CCGACGAAGCGUAUCCCGACUAACUUACAAUUUGAAAGCUACACGAAGAUUACCUCGGACACUUUUUCUUUUCUGUUUUUGUUUAAUAACUAUGUUGGUAUAUGCACGUACAUUUCCAAGUCAAGAAAUAGAAAUUGAACAUCAAAUCAAACAAACAGACAGCAAAAAAAGUGAAAUCAAUGACAAAUUAAAAAAUCCAAGACAGUGUUUACCAGUUGAACGAAACUUUCUCCGGACAAAUCUGGAUCUAAGGAUUAUAAUAGUUGCAAACGAUAAACCGAAGUCAUUGUUACGCUUACUGAAGUCUUUAAAUAAAGUCGUGUAUGGUAGACAUAAAGUCGCCAUAGAAAUAUGGCUAGACAGGAUCACAAUCGGGAAUACUCGGCAGAAACCGUAAAAAUGGCGUUAGAUUUUGUAUUUGACUACGGACCAUGUGACAUUCAUAUAAACAACCAGCAAGAGGGUAAAACAGGACAAUGGUUUUACACAUGGCGGACAUAUAACAAUACAAAAGAAAUAGCCGUAAUACUUGAAGACUAUCUUACAGUGUCUCCUUACUUCUUUUCAUGGCUUAAACUUGUUCAUUCCCUCUACGGUGAACGCAGUGACGUUAGCGGCUUCGCCUUGCAAGGAAAACAAAUUCGACACAGUGAUAGUGUUUGUUGUUUAAACAUUUCCAUACAACACAAGGUCUUUCUUUACUCCAUGUUUGGUGUAUCGGGAUUCUCACCGAACAACAAACAAUGGCUGCAAUACAUUGCUUGGUCACCUGAACAUACCCUAAAAAUGCGAGGAUUGCCAGUUAAGAAAUCAAGACACGUGACGGCUGGGCAAAAAUACGAUCAGUUGAGAUGGGCUAUGGAAUAUAUUCAGUACACACGGACAAACAAACAGUUCACGUUGUAUUCGAAUUUUAAAGGUAAUAAGGGUCUAGCGUAUAACUGGAAUGAUGGCGAAUCUGACAGUGAUUUUAAAGGGGAAGGUAAUGGCACUGAUACAGAUGGACUGCUGCUCGAAUGGACAACAGAUUAUGAAAAUCUUCCGGCCAUACCAGUGUAUGUCAACACCACAGGUGUGAUUAUAAAAACGCAAGUUCCAAUGAAAUAGCAAUAUUUCUAUUUAUAAUGAUAUAUGUCAGUCUGAAAUUUGUUAAGAAUGAAUGUCAUCAUAACAUGCAUUACUUCCCAUGUUGACCAUUGAUAGGCCGUCAACUUGCUUUUUACAAAAACAUAAAAUGUUCAAGACAAUAUAGGACUUAUUACAUUUGAACCCCCAAAAACUAAAAUUGUACGGCUAAAAUAUUUUAUAAUGUAAGUUGGUGUUGUAUCAUUAUAGUUUACCGUUACAUCUCGGUACGGUUCUUUUUUUCAAGACAUAUCUGAACUUACAUCAUAUGAUUACACCAUUGACGUUUUCUAAUGUCUCCUUCGGCUAUUUACUAUAGACUAAGGUAAGGAAACUAUACUUACAUUAGAAAAUCAGUUAAACAACAGACAACCAGCUUUGUUUUCUAAAUGUUUUUAAUCACAGUUUAAAAACAGAAAUGACAUAAUGACAACGUACAUAAUAGUAUAUGAAGAAUUUUUAUAUAUCAAAGUAGACUUUGUAAACGAGGUUCAUUUCACCGUAAUAGCAAGCUCAUCAAAACAUUA